GCGUGAGAACUUGUUCCUUAAAACUUAUCGAUUUUUCUUUCCAUGGAUCUUCAUUCGGACUAAAACAAAUGGGAGAAUACCGAGUAAACAUGUUAGCAAUGGUACGCUGUGAAUCAAUUAAGACCAAUGGCCUAAUUCAAAUUAAUUAUUAUUUGAGCAAAACGUCUUCGAACACCACAGAAAUCAAAGGAAACGUUACCUAUUAUAUACCACUUGAUGAUACUUUUAAUAUUGAACUGAAUCUAGCGGUAAAAGAUUCUAUUGGUGGCUGGAAGGAGAAUGCUCAUAUUUUUAAGACACCAAAAGCUUGCUCUUCACUCAAGCAUAUUUUGGGAAAUUCAUGGUCUACAUUAACGGAGCGUUUAGGAAUGUCUAAUGUACGUGGUUGUCCUAUUCCCGUGGGUUGUUAUGUUGCAAAAAACAUGCCGCAUGAUCACUGGCUUUACAAUUUACCCAGGCAAUUUUUUUAUGGAACAUACAAACUUCGUUUUCAAUACACCAAAAACAAGGAAAUCUAUGGCUGUUCAACUUCUAUUAUAGAGGUGAAGCGCCUUUGGGAAAAUGAUUAGACAUUAAACACAAUAAAACUAUAAUACUUUAUAUUUAUAUAAUAUACUAGCGAACCGCCCCGGCCCUGCACCCGUGCGAUGCUGAUACUUAUUAUUACAAAAUGUCUUUCUAUUCAAUGCUCUCAGAUUCUUUGUUUUUUACUUGUGCACUUAUAUAACUAUUUGUUUUAAUUUAAUUUUAUAUUUUACUUUAUUUUUUUUAUUGUAUUGUAUGUUAUUUAUACCCACUUGCUUUUAAAUACUCCCCCCCCCCUUUGGCUGGUAUCGCCGUAACCGCUGUAUCAGCAUCAACUGAUAAAUCUGUAAUAUCGUAGAAAAUAUUCAUUUAAUUUACAUGCUGUAGAAGACCAUAUUGAUCUAUUUAUUAAAUACACAAUAUAUUUAAAGUUUUG